AUGAUCAAAUUUUAAUUACUUAACAUCUUAACUAAAUCGAUUAUUUUUUUUGCAAUAAAGCAUUUUGCUUUAGAGAGAAAAAUAUUUAUUUUAUUUAAAACUUCUUCAGGAUUUAAAGUUAAUAUUAUGAUUUAUGGAUAUUUUAUUUUAUAAAUAAUUUUUGUAGUUAAAAAUAGACAAUACAUUAUUUAUUUAUCAUAAUUUUCAUGCUGUUUAAAAUUAAUAAAUUAAUUUGAAUAUUUAAAUAUUAAACAUUAAUUAUCUUAUAUAUACUUUGGAAUAUCUUUAUGA